AUGUGGACCUGGACUUCGCCAGACGGCAAAAUAAAAAAUGAAAUUGAUUUCUUUAUGACUAACAGGAACAACUACUUCAUCGACUUCAACGUCAUCAGCCAAUUCAACUUCAAUACAAAUCAUAGACUAAUCAGAGCCGAACUAAAAACAAUCCAACCAAGAAAACCAAGACCUAGACAAGGACCAAGAAACAGUAAACUUAGCAAACUUCAAAUGGACCAACUAGCAAGGACUCUCAGAGACAAAUUUACAGAUUUCAAGGAAAGCACAAUGCACCUAGGAACACAGGAUAAAUACAACUGGAUAGAGAAUACCAUUAAAGCUGCAACACAUCACGCUACAAAUACAAGAGUUGAACCGAGAAAAUGGCUUACAUCUACCUCUUUAAAAUUACUAGAACAAAGAAAUCAUUUAAUCAACACAAAAAGUGAAAAGGACAGAAGAAGACGUUUAGCAGAAAUCAGUAGAAAUAUUAAAGAAAGUAUAAGAGCGGAUAGGAAAAGAAAUAGAAUGGAAACUAUUGAAAAGUACAUAAUGAAAACAGGUGGUGUCAAAAAAGCCUAUAAAGAAUUAAUCAACUCAAAGGACUGGAUCGUUAAAAUGAAAAGAGGAUGUGGAAAAUGGAAUCAUCACAGAGCAGAUAUUUUAGGGAUUGCUACAUCUUACUACAAAAAAAUAUAUGAAUGCAACAUCUCACAGGACGAAAGUGAUCUAACAGAGACCUCAGACAUCCCUAACAUUCUUUACGAUGAAGUAGAAAAAGCCAUCAUUAGUCAAAGGAGGGACAAAGCACCAGGGCCUGAUGAUAUUACUAACGAAAUUCUAAUAGAAAACAAGGACUGCAUGACACCUAUCCUUACAGAAAUGUUUAAUGAGAUCAUGAUCACCGAAACUAUUCCACAGCAAUGGACAGUGUCUAACAUCAUCCUUUUGUAUAAGAAAGGGGACAAACAUGAAAUCGCAAAUUACCGCCCUAUUAGCCUUAUGUCCAACAUAUAUAAGAUAUUCGCUAAGAUUUUAUUAAAGCGAAUUGAAAGAACAUUAGACGAACAACAACCCAUUGAACAGGCGGGUUUUCGUAAAGACUAUUCGGUGAUCGACCAUAUACACGUAGUACGCCAAGUCUUAGAAAAGUAUGAUGAAUAUCAGCGUACAUACUACAUUGCAUUCGUCGAUUACAGCAAAGCAUUCGAUUCCUUGUUUCAUGCAAACAUAUGGGAGACCCUAAAGCAACAAGGAAUUGAACAUAAAUAUAUUCGUUUAAUAAAAAAUGUAUAUAAUCAAAGUACUGCGAAAAUACAACUGGAAAAAAAAGGCGAACAGAUAAGAGUAGAAAAAGGUGUCAGACAAGGUGACCCUCUUUCUCCAAAACUAUUCUCCGCUGUACUAGAAUCGAUAUUUAGACGUCUCCAUUGGGAAAAUUUAGGAAUUAAUAUCAACGGUACCUCACUAACGCAUUUGAGAUUUGCAGACGAUGUAGUGUUAUUUGCUAAUACAUCAGAAGACAUAACAAGAAUGAUUACCGAACUGGCAAAUGAAAGUGAGAAAGUAGGGUUGAAUUUGAAUCCAGAGAAAACAAGAGUAGUAACUAAUGGAGAGAAAACCACUAUAAUCUCAGGGAAAACGGAAAUCGAUUACACAGAUGAAUACAUAUACCUAGGACAGCUAAUGACCCAAAAAGAUUCUGUAGGCAAAGAAGUAGAAAGAAGAAUAACCAACGGCUGGAAGAGAUACUGGAGUUUUAAGGAAAUAAUGAAAGAUAGAACGCUUCAUAUAAACAUGAAAAUGUUAGCGGCAAUGGUCGCGUGCGCGGCAGCUGUCACCGUGGACUUGGACAGUCAAGAUGGCGUCAGCCUGCGCGUGCAGGAAAACACCGCCGGCGGACUGAGCAUCAUCAUGCAGAGAAACACAUCAACGACAACGACAUCGUCACAUCUGAUGUGGCUUGGGCGAUAUGCCGGUGCAGUGGGCAGCAGCAGCUCAGGGGAGGAGCUGGUGGUCCACUUCGCCGGCAACCAGACCCUGCACCUCAGCAGCCGCGUCAUACACGAGCCCAAGAGCGGCACCGUCAUCAGCGUGGCGUGGAAGGCGCCCGUCGCUGCACGGUUGGUUGACUGUCUCAGCUUGGGUUCCAAUAACUGGUAUGGCGGUCCGCAGCAGAAACGUCAAUAUUGGCCUAUCGAAAACCUAGUCCUCGCGCAGUACUCCUACGUCACCAAAGAAGCCGACAACUGCGCGGUAGUGGAACCAUACUGGCUCGGCUCCGACGGCACGUACGUGUUCGUCGACAGCAAAGUCCCACUGUUCGUCGACCAGAACGUUAUAGAGAAAAAAACCACGUGCUUCAUCGCGGAGGUGAAAGCGCCAUAUUCCGUCAAGAGAAGGGAUCGCCUGGAGAUGACCUACGUCAUCGGGAUCUUCGAUAACGUCCGAGAGGCUCACGAACACGCAGUCGCCACUGUUUUAGGUAAACCGACAGGAUACCCCGACGAGAGGAUGAUCAAAUCUCCAAUUUGGUCGACAUGGGCCCGCUACAAAAGCGCAAUAAACCACGACGUCGUACUACAGUUCGCAGAUGACAUCAUCCGCUACAAUUUCACCAACAGCCAGUUCGAGAUCGACGACCUGUGGGAGAUAUGCUACGGCUCUCUGACGGUGGACGAAAACCGAUUCCCGAACAUGUCCGACACGGUGAACACUUUGAAGUCGAAAGGGUUCCGAGUUACGAUGUGGAUGCAUCCGUUUAUCAACAAAGGCUGCGAACCUUGGUACACCGAUGCGUUGAAUGACAACUACCUGGUACUUUCGGAGGAAGGCUCGGAGGUGACGAGCUGGUGGAACAACAACGGCACAACGUCCGCCCACGUGGACUUCACCAAGCCGGCGGCGCGCCAGUGGUACCACGACCGCGUACAGUACAUCCACGACACGUACGGCAUCGACAGCUUCAAGUUCGACGCCGGUGAGACCAGCUGGUCGCCUCAGAUCCCCGUUCUGCAAAGUGACUUGGAUGAGCAGCCUUCAUCUAUAACAACGGAGUAUGUCAAGAGCGUCGCCAAGUUUGGACCGAUGGUGGAGGUGCGAUCGGCAUACAGAUCGCAAGAGCUCCCAAUCUUCGUGCGUAUGAUAGACAAGGACACGUUCUUCAACUUCGAGAACGGACUGCCUACCCUCAUCACGACGCUGCUGCAGAUGAAUAUGAACGGCUACACGCUGGUGCUGCCCGACAUGAUCGGCGGCAACGGAUACAACGACGGCAGGCCCAGCAAGGAGCUGUUCAUCCGCUGGCUGCAGGCCAACGUGUUCAUGCCGAGCUUGCAGUUCUCAUACGUGCCCUGGGACUACGAUAACGAGACGGUGCAGCUGAGCCGCGAGCUGGUGGCUCUCCACGAGCAGUACGCGGGGGAGGUGGUGCGCGCCUUCCAGCGCUCCGUGGCGGAGGGCGCGCCCGUCAACCCACCCAUCUGGUGGAUGGACCCCACCAACACCGACGCACAUGCGAUAUGGGAUGAGUUUCUCCUCGGCGAGGACAUAUUAGCGGCGCCGGUGGUGACCGAGGGAGCGACCAGUCGAGACAUCUACCUGCCCGCCGGCCGCUGGCUGGAGCUCGGCGACCCCGAGCUGGUGCGCGAAGGGCCCGUCUGGAUCAGGAACUACCCCGCGCCUCUGAACGUGCUGCCGUACUUCAUCAGGGAGCCUAGUCCGAGCUCUGCUACUACUCCUUGCGUAGCUGGAAUGCUGUUGCUUUUUGGAUUUAUAACAAAUAUUUUCAAUUAA